AUGGAGGGUGUUUCUUUGUUGCCUUCGCAACGGCAACCCGCCAUCGUGAAUCUCUUUGACAAAUGGAGACCCAAAAUCGCCAUUCGUCCCGACAAAACCCCCGAAGAAGCCUACCAAGAGACAUACCAAGUCGCCAAAGACCAGUGGAAUAGCGCUACAUUCGCUGCAACUCCUACUGGCCCCGUUGACGACCCCACCUUCAAGCAACGAUGCGACUCGGUCCUUGACUGUUUGGUAAGACUGAGGGAGCUUGUAGCACAGCACGAGGCGACGAAGGAACAACUACAACGCGAUUAUGAGAAGGGAUUUGGAGACAAAGAGCAUGAUUAUCUGCUUGAGUUGUUUGACGUUCUUGGUCGUGAUAGACUAGACGAUUUGACGAGGGAAUGGCAUGAACGGACUGGCCAACGUGUUGCCGCCUCCACGCAGACAGAGACAUCCACGAUUGACACAGCUGUUCCGCCUGGCAAUACCACGCAGCCAUGUCUUUCUGUUCAGCCAAACGCUCCCCAACAGCGAGAUACUUCAGCGCGACCUAGUACCGCCCCAGGCUCAUAUGCCACUGGCUUUACAACUGGUUCCACGAGCCAGAAUACCGCUUCACAACAGACCACUGCUCCGCAACCAAACACUCCGUCAAAUCACGCUCAGGCACAGUCUACCGAACAUACCACAGCGUCGUUCACCCCGACAAAUGGCUUGGCUCGUGGAGCGACCCAACCAUCAGCGCAAGCCUCUACCAAUGUGCCCACCCCAGACCGGUCAGAAGCCCAGCGAGAGACCCAACAAUCCAACAACUCCAACCCCAGCGGGCCCCGAUAUGAAGGUCUCUCCCAUCCGGGAAUGAGUUCACUCCCAAACGGCUUGAUCACGCCAACUUCACAGAAGAGACAAGCAAGCGCUUCUACCCCAAACGCACCUCAGUCUAAGAAGCCUAAGAAGUCUCAGAACCGGAACACACCAUGUGCACCGGGCGAUCUCAGUCAAGGUCGCACAAUCGAGUUUGAUGAGGUCUACCAGAAUGGCAAUGCAGAAGCCAAGCAUAUUAUUGUCAAAUACUUCCAAGACUGGUACAUUGUGGAGUGCAAGAAACACAGAAUGCCGUUUCUGAAACAGACUAUGAAAGCUGCUGGCAAACAUCUCUCUUCAGGCAAGCAUGGCAUGGAAAACCCAGGACAUGCUGGGACUAUCUGGGAGCUUGGAACUCAUGUGCUGAACUGCACUGAAGAGCUGGCCUUGAUGAACAACGAUGUGGCUGAGAGGCAAUCUUACGAUCAGAUUGGUCUUCCCGACAGUCGAGUAUCCUCAAUCGACACUACACCUGUCACCCAUAAUUUGUACACGAGGAGCAGCCAGGGGAUUUCCGGCAUUGACCCCAAGCCCGGCGAGGUGUACACGGCGUACUGGAAGAGUGGAAAGAAAUGGUACGCCGCGCUGAUCCUCCCCUGGGGAAGCUUUGGGCGGUUUGGCUGGAACAUGUCGCUUCAAAGCACAGAGCUUAUAAGGACGGUACCCAAGUGUUAUUUGCUCGACUCCAACAAUCCGCAAAUAACACCGGAGUGGGCUGAGGCCUACAGACCGAAUGGACCGUUGUAUACCAGGAGGGAGUAUCCUGUCAUGUACUUUGACAAACCGGUGUUUCCGGGCAAGUAUUCCAUGGCUUGGGUUGCUGCGGCCGAUUUGCAACACUAUGACCCCCAGGCGAAACACAUUCCGUUUAGAGAUGUGGUCGAUGGGUUCAUACAGGUUCAAAAAAUGUUUGUACGGAGUGACGUGGAAAUGGGACAUGCCAUCUUGACAGGGCGUGAUGAAAUGGCUGGUUCUUUACAAGCUGGUCCAUCCGAGCCAAGAGACGACCAACCGAAUGCGCAAACCGAACGCCCAGAAUCUCGCGGUAUUGGGAUGAGUUGGGAAGAGAGCAUUGUAAUCUCAGAUUGUGAAAGCGAACCCGACGACAACGCGGAUGUAGAGGAUGAACAAUACGACAAGCGUCCAAGAAAGGUCUCCGAAACGCGACAACCCGUCCUCAUCAAUAUACCAGACUAUGGCGUCACACGCAACGAAACCCCACGACAGCCUCAAGCACCUACGGACGAUGGCCCAGCACAGCAUCCUACCAACAACUCCAGUAGUACUCCUGCUACUACCUCGCAGACUCAGUUGGAACAAGCAAUUGCCCAAUACUCUCUUGCGAAAACAGAUGCCAGUGGAUGGCCGCCAUCGGUUAGCGAGAUGAUGAACACAGAGGAGGAUUUCGAUUUGUGGACACGUGCACGCCAUCCUAUUACCGGGGACCUAGUCUUCAACCCGCAAGGAACAAAAGGAAAUAUGGAUCCGGUGCAAAUGAGUUUGCACGCGAGGUUUAUGAGCCAAGUCCCUAUAUAG